AUGGUACAAUUACGAUCACAUCCACAAGUUUUUAAAGCAAUAAAGAUUUUUCAAUGGUUUAUGACUUUAACAAUUUUGAUUUUGGGAUAUUAUUUAUCGCAAUUUCAUAAACAAUGGGGGCAAGGACCAAAUAUUAUGAUUGAACUAGGCUUUUUUAUUAUAUGGCUCAUCGCUGUUUAUACAGGAUUUAAUUUAUCAUGUACUAAUGAAGAAUCUCACGAUCAAUGCGUUUAUUUUUCCGUAUCACUUAUUAUGGGUUGGAUGAAUACAAUCGCAUUUUUAAUAACAACCAUUGUAUGUAAAAAAAUACAAUGGGAAAAAGUAAAAUGGGGUAAAGAAAGAUCGGGAUUCACCAAAGAACAACAAAAAGAAUUCUUUAAUCAAUCAGUUACCAAUCCUGAUAAAUUAAAUCAAACUAAUAAUGAUAGUAUUUCAAUUAAUUCUCGUCAAAUAACUACCCCUAAUUCGUUAAAAACAACUCCAAAACCGUUAAAAAUUUCCCCCGAAAUCGCUAAUGUUAAUGGUGGUAAUAUGAAAAGUCAACAUAGAAGGCAAGAAUCGGAGUUAUAUCCCGAAGAACCUUCAACUCCGGUAGUGUGCCAACAAUUAAUUCCUCAACAGCAUUAUCAUCCGGAUCAACGACAAGAAUAUGAUAUGGAUAUGGAGCACUCUCAACAUCCUGCAUAUUCCUAUCGCCCGGAGAAUGAUCAAUACGAAGGAUAUCCUUAA